UGCUGCAGAGAAGCUGGUUCUUCGCUCGAGGCAAUUUGUAGAUGUGCGCAAGGACGAUGGAUUUGCAGCUCUCCACCUGGCUGCCUUAAAUGGACACCGACAGGUUGCGGAAACACUCAUCACCCUUGGCCAGGCUUCUGUCGACAUCACCAACAACAAGAAGCAGACGCCCCUCCUCCUUGCCGUGUCACAGGGUCACUGCGGUGUUGUUGAGCUCCUGGUGGACAGCAAUGCCGACGUAAGGGCAUGUGACGAGGAUGGGGACACAGCACUCCACUUGGCACUUUUGAAGAACUCCACCACAACACAUGCCCACCCCUCUCAUGCCCCAACCAUUACGCAGAUCCUCAACAAUAUCUCCCAGCGAGGUUUUGAGAACAAGGUGUCCCUGGCCGUUGCCUGCUAUCUAGUGCAGAAGGGUUGCAGCAUCACCGUGGCCAAUAGCCGCUCGAAGACACCUCUCGACCUCAUCAAUGACACCAACACCAUUGAUCUUCUGCAGAGCUAUUCUACGCAGGCUAGCAGUGCAGAUACAAUGGCCCGUGUUGACAUGGACCUGAAGGCGUUGGACCUGGCAGCUGAGAGCAUUCGCCAUGGUAGCAGUGUUGGUGGUGGCAUCCUCGAUGGGCCUGCGUCCUCCUCCUCAUCCGCAGAGUCCCCAUCGGGAAACUCUUUCGCUGGAGGGAACAACAAGCCUCAGUCGGUGUCCCAGCCUGUGAGCCCAGCCAAAAGCCAGGGCGAGCAAGUCAUGGUGCCUGGUACCUCUGAGCCCAUGAAUAAUUGUGACAUUGAGAAGCAGAUUGUGGAGACUAAGGACGAGUGUUCGAUCUGCUUGGAGUGUCCAGCCACAGUGAGGUUCCAGCCAUGUGGGCACUGCGUCACCUGCGAGGACUGCUCUACACGUGUCAAGAAGUGCUUCCAAUGCCAUGCUGUUGUGCUGACCAAAGUUACAAGAGAUGGCCGGACAGUCUCUAGCAAAGCUCGGCAGCCAUCCGCGGAGAGACUGCGCUACCUGGAGACCAAGAUCGCAGAGAUUGAGGAGGCUCAUUGCUGCAGCAUCUGCCUGGAGCGCCGUCGUAGCGUUGCCUUCCUCUGUGGUCACGGAGCAUGUGUCAUCUGCGCCCAGACACUUAAGACUUGCCACAUGUGCAGGAAGCCCAUUUCAAAGAAGAUUAAUCUCUAUUGAUAACAAGGGGUCGGAGUAGGGUUCAAUUUUCACUUUUUAAAAAAUUUCUUUCUUUCUUUGUUUAUAUAAAGGUCUAUGUGAUGCUGAUUUUAGACCUUUGGAGUGUUCUUGAUCUAUAGGAUAAUAAUGUGAAAGAAAAAGAUAUUCUGAUAUGAGGGCAUAUAUUAUUCAGUUUUUUUUUUUUGGUAUAGACUAAGACCUUAUUGUGAAAGGCUUUUUAGUGUUUUUUUUAAGUAUUUUUAUUGAAUGCCUAGAAGAAAGGAAAAAUACCUUGUAAUAUGUAUUGCAAGCUCUCCAGGGAAACAGAAGGACAUUAAUUAUUAACACAAUAAAAUGCAGAGUUGGCAAAAGUACUUCAUUCAGAGGAAAUGGAAGGAUACAUACAUAGGUACACACAUACAUUUCAUAUUAUGUGUACAUAAAAACAUGUGCAAGGAGUGUUACAGUGGUAUAUUGUGAUUGCAGUAAAGGAAUGGUCGCUUAAUGAUAAAGAUUUGUACUGUUAAUGCAAAGUUAUGUCUGCUUGCCCAAGAGUGUUGGUGUUUACUGCACUGUAUCAUUUAGACCUGUGUAGUACAUUACUACCUUGUAUAUAUUGUAGAUUUGAAUUACGUUCACCCCCAUUCUCAUUCAUAGUGUGUUUUUACUUUCUUUGGUCACUUCAUUUAAUUAUCAUUAUUUCUCUUCCAGUCAUUUCCACUCUGAAAUGACCUAGUUUUCUGCUUUUUUUUUUUUUUUUUUUUUUUUUCACCUGAGAUUGUGGUAUAAGGAUUUUAUUUUGUUAUGGAGUAUAUACCUCACCCAGUAAUUGCCUCAGUUUGAUUUUGUACCAGGUUAUUUCUUCCUAUAUUUUUUUUAUCUCUUCUUUUUCUCAUGUCUUUUUCUUUAUUGUCUAGUUCUCCUCUUAUUUAUUACUCUUGAUUUUUACCUCUUUUUCUUUUAUCUUUUGUUUCUUUGGUUUCGUCUUUUAAUAUCUACUUGUUCCUUUAGUCUUUUCUUCCAAUUUUUCCUUCUGCUUUUUGUACUCUUCAGACUUCUGCAUCCUACGCAGAGCAAGGAAUUGCAAACAAAGCAAGCACACAAGCAGGCAAGCCCACGUAAGCCAAGACUCUAGGGAUGGGUAGUUCAUCCUGCGAGGUAUCUAGACAUUAGCCGGUCAGCCUGUUUCCUCAUGUUAUCAUGCUGCCAUCCAGUGCUACUUGGUGCUGAUAUCGUGUAGAUAAGGAAUCUCAUAAUAAUGCAGAAAAAGGUUUUGAAUGAGAAGGAAUAAUUCGCAAAGCAAGAGAUGUAAUGGACACAUAUUUAUUAAAUCUAAUGUAGUUCUCAUAAAGAGUUAAAAGCAAGCAUGUUAGUGACACCACUGACAUUGCGAAUGAUUCCUUCUCAUUGAACUUUUUUUUAGAAUCUUAUACAAAACAAGUGGAGAGCACAUAGAUGUUUAACGCAGAAAUAUUCCUGCAUUGACCCCCCACCCCCACCCCACCCAAGUUUAGAUACAGGUGCAAAUUGAAAUGGAUUUAUUAUUUGUUUUUUCUCACAAGGGAGAGAGUUUAGUAUUGUCUCAAAAUUUUUUGUGUAUGUCUGUUUAGAUUUUUUAAUAUAUAUUCUUUGACUGGAAAAAUGUCUUCAAAUACAGGAUGAUCUUAAAAGAACAUAAAUGGCACAAAGUUUGGUGAAAGGUCAACUGAAAAUCAGUAUUUUGUUAUUCCUUUUUUUUCUGUCCAUCAUAAGAUAACAGAAGUAAUUUAAAAGAAGCAUCAGGGGGUAUGUAAGCUCAGAAUAGCUUAAGCUAAAUGAAGGUAACUCAAGCAGAAGGGAACUAGGUAUCAUUUGAGAGCCAGAUCUGUAGCAAUAGGUAUAUAAUCAUAACUGUAUGAAAAAUGUACAGCUUUUGAUGGGUUAUGAAUGCUUGUAUUGAGAAGAGCUUCAUGUAAUACAGAAAAGAUUAGAAUAAAUUAAUCUUGAACAUGAGACAGAAAUGAACUCUCUCUAUUGUGAUGGACAGAAGUGAGAAAUAGUAGGAUAUUUUUCCCUUAUGUAUGCAUGAGUUGCUGGCUCAUUUGCCUUAGUGUUUGGUUGUUGCAAAUAUGGUUUGUCAGUGUUUAGAUAGAUGAGCAGCACCAUUACAGUAUAAUAAAUAGUAUGUUGGACGUUGUCUUUUGUUUUUGGCUGUAAUGUGUCUGGUGAUAUUUUCUCGGUCUUUUUCUCUCACUUUCUCUUUGUGUUGCCCGUUUUACUCAUUCAUAUGCAAAUAUUGAUAUGUUGAUGUGCAUGUAUUUCUGCUAGAAUAUAUAUCACUCAGUCAAAGAAGUAAGCUCUUCUGCAAUGAUAUUUAAAGAACAUAUCUGUAAUAUUCUUUCUGUGUAAUGUAGUAAUUCUGUUGGACAUGUUUUCUUGAUGAUGUUUCAGGAUUAGGGAAGAGCUGAAUAUUACUUCAUAAUAUAUUCUAAGGCCACAAAUUUAAUGGAGCUCAACAUAUUCUGUAAAUUUCUAACCCUUGCACACAGUUUUAUAUAGAAAAUGCUUUGAGAGACAGAGGGAGAGAAAAGUUGAUUAAACACUUUUUCAGACAUUCAUUUGUGUAAGGUCUGUGUACACUUAAGGACAUACAAGCAGGAGUCUGUGGAAAGGAAUAAGUGCACAAAUGAAGAAAUUUGGUGCUUUUUUCAUGUAUUAGUUUCAGUGUUAAGCAAGAAGAGAGUCAGCCUAUUUCAAAUCCAUAUGUGUAGUGGAUGUUUAUAUAAUUUUGAUUACUUUUCCAAAAAUGUGUUACUGUUCUUGUAUUGUCUUUGAACGUGUAUGCUUCAGUGCAAAUUAUACGUGAGAUAAUUUAGA